GCCAGGGGACCUUCCUCCACUGCCUAGCAGGCUCUCAUCCAAGCUGCUCAGGGCUAGAAUGAAGAUAUGCUGGGAUAGCCGAUCCAAGCCAGAGAAAAGAUACGCCCUCGCCUUAGCUACGCUGAAAUGUAUCAGCAAGGAAAAUUUAGAGGUCGUCCCAUACAUGCUUGCUGCAACUAUCGUUCGCUAUGCGCAGCCUCUGCUGAUGUCGCAGUUGAUCACGUUCGUACGUGCCUCUUCGGCUGAAGGCACUGGGAAGCUCCAGGGCUUCAAGCUGGUGGUUCUAGCGGCUUUUAUUUACAUUGGCCUAGCUGUGAGUAAUACGAUCGACGCUCUCAGUUUUUUAUUCAAUAAGCUUACUUUGUUAUCAACAGAUUCUGAAUGGCCAGCGGGAUAUAGCAAAGCGAAGAGUAGAUGUUGCCGUUAAAGGAUCGCUAGUCGGAAUCAUCCACGAAAAAGCCUUGCAGUCCAAUCAUGACGAUCACUCCGCCAUUGCCUUGAUCGGAAACGAUGUAGAAGAUGUGCAGAUGGCUGUGUCACGAUUCCAUAAUUUAUGGUCAUCGGCUCUGUCGCUGGGCUUGGGCCUCUUCUUGCUGGUUUCCAGACUCAACUGGGUCAGCA